AUCUUUCUUUGUGAUAAAGGGCGAUGUAUUUGAUGACCUCGGGCGUGAAACCUGAAAUUAUUGAUUUACUCUGACGCAUGCGUUCAGGGUCUAUAAGUUUUCGCGCACCGCACAAAUCGCGCAGCGUCAAUGCAGUACCCUGGGUGCAAUCAAUACCCAGUUAUUACACUGCAGUACAUCGUAAAGCUCCUUAAAUUGUGAUAAAUCACCGACUAUUCACAUCUUAUCUUCGCCGCGUCUAUCUGCCCUACAAUGGAACCCCAACCCCAUGAUCUCAUAUCCUGCCCCUAUAACAAAGCUCAUCAGGUUGAGCAUUAUAAAAUGCACGUUCAUCUUCAGAAGUGCCGAAAACAGUAUCCAGACAGUGGCAUGGUGAGCUGUCCAUUUAAUGCAACCCACGUCGUGAAUGAGGUUGAACUAAACUAUCACAUCUCGUCGUGCCCAGAUCGCGUCAUGUUGGACACCCAGGUGUAUGUUACUGAUGACGACCAUCGUCCAGUAGUACCGGUCGUAUCUCAGCCAGUUCCGGAUAGCAGCGCUGAUUGGGAAGACGAUCCCCAAACAUCGUUCGUACCGGAUCCAUCACGUAAACCGCAUGUGAUACAGAAAAUUAAGGGCGCUACUCCGUCUGAGCGCAGGAAGGCUCGUUGCCAGAACACCACUCAAUACAGGCCUUUAGAGAAGCAACCCAGUCCCCCACCAUCGCCUGAACCAGAGCCGGACGCGGGAAAUAGCGGUAGUCAAUCACAUCCCUGAAGACACGGCGUUGCUCAGCCCAGUCAGGGCACACCGCCACCGUACGUUCCACAUUUUCCUCCGGGUAGUCCUCGCGGUGUUUUCUAUUAGCCUGGAGUUUACAAUUCCCAUAAUAUUACUUGAAAAUGUCAGUUAGGCUAGUUAUAACUAUUGUUUUAUAUGUUGUUUUAUAUAUAUAUAGUAUAAAGUUGAUUUUCAACUCUAUUUUUUUAUACAGUGUGACGGAAGCAAAAAAAAAAAUUGACAUAUUGUAACAAUACUCUAAACAGUAUUUCUUUGUAAUAAAAUUUUGUCUAUGUCUAAUUGGAUAACGUGAUUAUUAAAUCUCGAAUUCAAUUCCUGAGUCGUUACGACUUAACUUAUUAUCUUCUUGUUUAUCACUUAAUAAUAAAUAUGUUAUUGCCAAAAUACUCAGCCAGUUGUUAUAAUGGUGAAUGAAAUGCUGAGACUGAUGUAACUUUAGGUCUUUUAUCCCUAAAGGGCUAAGCAGUUGUGAUAACAUAAAUAAACUACAGGAUUCACAAUAACUAAUAAAGUAAUUAAUACGUAGUAUUGAGGGCCUAGUACGAGUUCGUUUUACAUUUAAAAUAAUCGAAACGUAGACGCGUUCGGCGCUGAUUGGCCGGCUCCAAUCAACUAACCAAUCAGAUUGGUUGGUUCAAACGUAUGUAAUAGUAUCGGGCGCAUUCGCCGCUAGGAUUGGCUGGUUCACUGGAGCUGCCCAAUCAGAUACACUCGAUACAAUAACUUUAUGAAUGCGAUAGUUAUUCGUUCUUGACACUCAAAGCGUCGAACGAGACCGCGUUUCGAUUAUUUUAGCGUAAGACAAACUCGAAUGAAGCCCUCUGCUUGAUCCUUUUACGGAAUAAAAAGCGUAACGUUUAAGAUGGCUAUUUUGGAAAGUGUUUUUUUUUUUAAUUGUAAGAAGGUAUGUUUUAGUCAUAGUUCGUUUUUAACAACAAUUUUUUUAUGAUGGGGAUGGUGAUCCUAAUAUAUAUAUGAGUCUGAGUUCUAUAUAUAAUAUGUCAGUAAAUUAACGGGAGGUAGUUUUGUCCUUUAAGAUCUUUUUCAGUCUGAUUAAUUUUCUGUUCGUUUUAACCGACUGAUUGAUAUAUUAACAUAUUUUCCAUAUUAUGUUAAAACAGGUCUGUCCAAACAAUGUGGGUGUAUCGUCGCGAGCUAAAUAAUUUUUUUACUAAAGAUGGAGGGCUAGAAAAAUAUUUUCAGUUGUAUAAUGACGUUUAAUAUUGUAUUCUUUACUCACAAGCUACACUUGCAUAUAAAUCAUAAACUUAAUUUUAUUAUUGUUGUUGCACAUAAGAUGAAGAUGUUGAGAUGUCGCGGGCCACAUGAUAAUAAGCUGCGGGCCGCAUGCUGCCCGCGGGCCUUUGUUUGGACAGCCCUGUGUUAAAGUAUUUGUCAGCUAAGCUUGAAAAACUUUGUCAAACUUCUUCUCAGUCAAAAUAUGAAAAUUUUCCACAAUAACUACCUCCGUUGUUUACCUAAAUUGCAUAAAAUUUAGAUUUUUGUUAACGGCCUACCAGUACUACAUGGGAGGCGUAUAAAAGCGAAAAACUUGAUUAUUUUGUUAUGUUUUUAUAAUAACUAUCGUAAGACAUACUAAAUUAAGUAACAUCGCGGGUUCCUUACGUGA